AUGGAUAUGCAGCAGGAACAAGCGGAACGCAGUUGGGGCUGCCAGGGCAAAAACGUAACGUUGCGGCAGGCACUUUGGGUCGACGACCGCUACGCGGUGCGCUGUCGGGGCUGCGACGCCCGCUUCAACGUCAUGCGGCGCCGCCACCACUGCCGCAACUGCGGUCAGGUGUUCUGCAGCGAGUGCCUAAUUACAUCCUCAACGUCACGGUUCGGGAAUAUUCUUACAGGUGUGCUCUCGUCUCUUGUUGGGUUGCAUCGCGAUCCGCUGGUGAAGCUGUGUCACAAGUGCGACCGCCUCCUGCGGAAGCGUAGUAUGGGGCAACAGCAAGGCUGGUGGCGGGUGCUUCCGCCACAAAGGGGGCUGCUGGAAGUGCCGACGGCAGCAAACGCGGCAGCGGUGACGCAUGAGGGAGGCAGCGGAGGAAAGCUGCGCCCCAACACAGCCGCUACGACGACCACAACGACGGCAGAUGCCGCGUCAGUGGGGGCAAACACGAGGAUGGAGUUGCCCCGUCCACUGGAAGGCAGCUUGGACAUGCCGCCUGCUUCUGCCCCACCCCUCAGAGAGGAUCAAUUCCUGUCGUUGAGUGGCACAGUCCUGAGCGGCGUGCUGCCUCAAUCUUGGCAGCCUUGUCUACCGACGCAUCCAGAAGAUGUGAGUGAACAGAAAAUUUCAUGCGGGUUAACAGACACCCCAAUGUAUAGCCGAAACAGUGUGGCUGACGGUGUGGCUAAGCUGUUUAAAAAAACACGUAACUGUAAAAUGAAGCAGUCUCCAGAACAGUCGCAGAUCGUCUGUUUGUCCCGCACCUACACGCCGCAUCCAAAGGCGACCUUCCGUCGUGCAGACGUUGGCCAUUGGUCGAGGCACCUUGCCACUGUAUUUUCUCACUCCAUUUCCAAAAGCAGUCUGCAGAGGCUUGAGGCACAGUGUUCGUACCACUUGAUAAAACGUGUCUCACGGCUUUUUAUGAAGGAGGAGGCGUUAGCGACCUCAAGCGGUGAUAUUGCGGGGAUGGAUCGUGUACAGUGGAUUGCUGGGUUGUGUGACAUAUCGUGGCAUGUGGUGUCGCAGUUGUCUGUGGUCCUACAUGAACGCAUCGACCAACGGUUGGAAGUUAUUUGCAUUCCUGGAGGGAAGUUUGCCGACACGGAGAUCGUCACCGGGGUCGCCUUUAUCCAGAACAUUGCCUUCAAGCGGAUGAAAACCUUGGUGGCGUCCCCGCGUCUACUUCUCUUGGCCGGUGACGUAGGCACCACCCUAAGUCCAAGGACCAACCUCCUGGAGUACGUAGAGGGGUAUGAGGGCCACCUAGAUACGCAGUACCAGCGCAUCCAUAUUUGGCGACCCUCGGUGAUUGUUGUAGAGGGUAAUAUGCAUCAUUACUUGCAGGAUAAAAUUCUUCGCCAGUCCGACGCUACACUCAUCCUUCACGUCGGGAAUACAAUUCUGCAACGUCUUUCACGCUGUUGCGAGGCAAGCAUCAUUUCUGACUUGCAGUACAUUGGUGCUUCCGACCUGUAUGACGAUUCCGUGCUUGGGACUUGUGAGAGCUUUCAAGUUGUCCACCACGGGGACAGGCCAGUGUGCAUAUUCAAAGCACCGCAGGUAGCGCUCUUCACUGCCGUCCUGCUCCGCGGGGCGGACGAGCAUCGGUUAACCAUUGCCAAGGAGCUCUUGCUCAACUGUGCAGCGACGGCCUAUCAUCUUGCCCUCCAGGCGCAUUGCAUGUUUGACUUGGGUGUGAGGUGUGCUGAGUUGCACCCCAUUCCGCUGAGUACGACAAGAGGCAACGACAGUAGCGGCGGUGGGGAGGCUGAGGAUAGUACGGAAGAAGAAGCAGAAGAGGAUGAGGAGAGGAAAGAGGAGGAUUACACUCCAUCCGCAUGGGGGGAGGCGUCGUCUGCAGACUCCCGCCAGUGUGGGGCGUAUAUGCAGUUUGUCACCCAUUCACCUCGGGCGGAGGAUCGCCUCGAAACGUUGUCGAUGAACACAGGCGUGGCGUUUCCUCAUGAAGUGUUGAGCUUCAAUGAAAAAUACGAUGACCUGAUGGUGGACAGUAUUAUUGUAAACACCGUUUUCCUUGAGUAUGUUGCCGGAGGCCUUCCAGGCGAAGAGACCGUUGGAGGCGCGGCGGCGGCCCCCGACUACAGUGUACGCCAGUCCCGCGAGGUCCUUCCCUUCUACAAGGAGGGGGAUGAGACACUGCUGGAAUUCCUGACGGAGCGGGCAAAGGAGGGGGACUCUGUGCGACUCAUUGUGCAUGCGAAUAAGCGCAUUUGGGUCAAGACCUGUACAGACUUUAAUAAUGCUCAUAUACAGCGUACGGAGUUUGGGCAAGGUGAGUCUUUGCUUCCUCCUGCACUGACGAAAUCCUUCAUGUCGCUCCACACACCUGGAACGGAUGUGGACGGGGCAUACGUGUUGUUUGUCAAAGGCUAUGUUGUUUGCAAGGAUUGUUUUCACGGCAUGGGAAGCGGCUCAGCUGGCUCGCUGGCUGCUGCCUGCUCGCUGCACACGCUUAACCUUUCCUGGGGGGCGUUUCUGGAGCUUCUGAUUUACGGAUCCUCCACUUUCACCGUGAGCUGUCGCCACGACCCGAGCCAGGGGAUAUGUGUUUCCUUCUGCGUGUUUCCACGCACGCGAAGGGAGGUCAUGGUGAACAUCGUGGUGGAGCCGCUCACCGUCUACGACAUCGUGACUCCGCCAGUGACGAUGCCCGCGUGCAUCGACACCGUCGAGAUGUACCUGAAGAAUGAGAAGGAGGAGCUGCUGCGAUCUGUCGGGAGCAUCGCGGCCGCCGCACAAGCCAUGACCGCGUCGCAAGCACAACAGCAACAGCUGGUGCAGCAGCUGAAAUCCUCUUCCCCUCCGUCUCCGUCGUUGCAGUCACCUCAGUCAAGAAGUAUUAAACCAUCUCUUGCUUCGCUGUUGAGUAGGUGUUGUUCCGCCUUGGGGGAAGCCGCAGAGUUUGAUGCGGAAAAAGGCGUCUUGCUCCUGCAACGGGCGGAGGAGCUUCUCCGGCUCAUACCGUUGCUAAAAACAAGAGAAGCGUUAACGCUUCUGCGCCUUAACGAGUUGGCGGACCUGAUGGUGGAAUUCCUGGAAUGGUAUAAGCAUGGCACGCUGCUAGCGGAGCGACGCAGCGGGAGACCGCCUUCACUUGUAGAACUCACCGCGUUUGAGGACUACAGCUGGGCGUAUUGCCCGCGGGAAAACUGUGGGCUUCGCUUAAACGAGCCCAGCUCCCUUGUGGCGUUGGCGCUGCAAGCCUUAAGCCUGUCGCCUGGGAGCCGGUGCGAGUGUCUGUCGGGCCUCGUGAGAAGUGAUCUACGAUCGUUUACCCAACCUGCGUCCAGGGAGUGCGCGCCUAUUGAACAGGAGGCCACCGUGGUCGAUACCGCUGACGGUGGCGCAUCUCUCACCAAGAUGGAGGAGCAAACCCAGGUGCUUCUUGAGGACUCCAUGGGGUUAUGCUCGGCAUUGAGCCCUCCCCGUCACCAGAACUUCAGCCCUCUCGUGUGUUUAUUCGGUCUGUGGGUGAUGCCUUGGAUCUGCUUGCCAAUCGCAGCCCCGCGCCGAAGACGACCUUUAAGCAUGUCAUGGACGUGA